GUUCUAGGUUCGACGUCGCGGGUGGAAGUGGGAACUGCAAGUAGGAGAGGUGGAACCUGCAAAAGCGAACGACACCCAUCUUUUUUUUUUCUUUUUCCCGCUCUCCAGUCCGUCCGCAGUAACGCUUUGCCCACGCUCAUUUUUUUGGGGGACCCUAGUUGUACACCACAGCUUAUUGAUAUUUUGAUUUUCUUCUUUUUUUCCUCUUUGAUUUUUUAUUUAGUGUUUUUUUUUUACUGUUGCUCCUGGCUCUCCAGGCAAGCAUCGUGUGCCAUUAUAUUUUGUGUGUCUGUGUGAAAAGAAACGAAUACAUAAGAGUAUAAUAGAGCAACUCCUUUCCAAGCCAACAUUGGAUUGGCCCUGUACGAAGACGGAGACGACCCUGUUAUCCUAGUUGUAUAAAACUUCAACCCGAAAGCGGCCUUCCAGCAUUUAGAACGAACAUGGACGAGCUGCGCUUUCGCUCGCAGCAGUCCCCGCGGACUGCGGAGCACCAGCACACGAUGAACUCACUUGUCUCACCCCCGCGAAACUCGAACCGCCACUCCCAGUCCUUUAUCAACACCCACGAUCUCCGUUCGAACCUUCCUCGACGAUUUACUACCGACUCGGGGCGCGUACCGACGCUGUCGUCUCUGACCUCUCUGCCGAGCCCGCGCGGUCCUCCCGAGCCGCAGGAAUUCGUAAACAAUGCUGCGAUUCAUAAAGCUCAGUUGAUCGAGAAGAAGCGCAUGGAAUAUGAGAAAAUCCGGGAGCAGAGGCGACGCUUCGAGGCCGAGAUGCAAAAGCUGGACCUUCAGCAGAGGCGUGAAGAGCAGGAGCUCGCAGCCAUGCAGGAGGACCUUGGCCGUAUUGCAGGCCACCAGUCGGAGCCUACGACACCCCCCGAAUACCGCGACGCGGCUGGAUUCCCCAGUGUCUUUUCGCGGCCCAACAGAUAUUCGACAUCUAGCCUUAUUUCACCCCCUGGUUUGCUGUACAACCGCCCGGCCAGGUCUGGGUCGCAGCUUACCUCACCUCAGCCCGGCAGUAUCAUGCAGUCGGUGCGCGGCUUCGCCUACGACGACGGCCUUCCAGCGAGAUCGAUGCCCGGAACGCGAAGGAACAGUGAUGAAGACGAGAAAGAAGAAGCCGUUCGGCAGGACCCGACUAGCCAUCGGUCGACCAAUGCUCUCAACCGUUAUUCUAUGCCAGUUACGCGUUCAAGGACUGGCUUCUACGGGCUUGAUCUUGAUCAAACCAACACCACGCGAUUCUUGUUCGGAGACGAAGAUAACUCAGCCGCCGAGAUGAGCCAAUACAACCAGGUUCAGGCCUCUGACGAGAGCUUCCCUACGCUCUCGCGCCAUGAUGACUACUCGACUCUAUCCUCGGCCAUCACGAAUGGUAACGCAUCUGGUGUCUCGACGCAGCAGGGUGGUACUGCUUCAGAGCUUUCUGGCAUAUCCAGUGUGUCUUCCAUCCGUCGCUCGUUCGAUAUGAAAGCUCACGACAUGAGCAAAUUCUAUGCUGAGGCCGAGGCGAACAAUAUGGUUUCCUCAGUGCAGCAUGGCCUGUCAUCUCCGCCUAAGCUUCAAAGCUCUCACUCUGCCAACGAUGUUCCCACCGUCAAGAACGGUAUGGGAGCCUCAGUCAUUGGCGGUACCGCGAACAAUCAUGCCAACCAGCACUUCCACAAUCACAAUGCCAGCAUCGGCCGCAUACCCGCUGGUGCUAUGGUUUCUCGUCACAGCCGUGAGCUCUCCAACGACAACAAUGGCAACAAUGGUGCUGGUCGUGAGGGCGGCCCUGGUGGCCACUAUGUCUCAAUCGGCUCGGCUCUUCACGCAAGCGCGAUGCCGUAUGGCCAGAUGGGCGUCCUUCCUCAGUCGCAGUCACAACAGCAGCAGGGUAUCACUGCCCCAUCGAUGCCCACCAACGGCCCUAACCCGGCUCAUCAGCAAUACAACAAUGGCUUUUUCAAUGGCGGCGCUCCUGUCUACGCCAACGGUCCCAAUGGCGUGACUGCCUACUCGAACGGCGUUCCUCUACUCUCCACUCAGCUUGCCAACAUGAGCAUUGGCGGGCCUUCUUCCAUGUAUCCCAACCAAAACUACACAGGAUACGGCAACAUCUACACCCCUGCCACAGCUACUCGCGAUAGCCAAGCCCGCGUGAUUCAGAACAGGCGCGCCAUGGAUAAUGAGGCCAUGAGCCGCUUCAACAACCUGCCCCUAGAGUCGGUGGGCGGUACCAUCUAUGAACUCUGCAAAGAUCAACACGGCUGCCGUUACCUCCAGAAGCAGCUGGAGGGUCGUGUCCCCGACCAGGUUCACAUGAUCUGGCUCGAGACCAACCAGCACGUCGUUGAACUGAUGACUGAUCCGUUCGGCAACUACCUUUGCCAGAAGCUCUUGGAGUUCUGCAACGAGGAAGAGCGCACUGUUCUGAUUCAGAACGCCUCUCAAGACAUGGUGCGCAUCGCGCUCAACCAGCACGGUACCCGUGCUCUCCAGAAGAUGAUCGAGUUCAUCAACACCGAGGAGCAAGUGCAGAUCAUCAUCGAGUCCCUCCGCGAUCGUGUUGUGGAGCUUAUCCAGGAUUUGAACGGCAACCACGUCAUCCAGAAGUGCCUUAACAAGCUCAGCUGCCUCCACUCCCAGUUUAUCUUUGAUGCCGUUGGUGCCGCCGCUGUCGAGGUCGGUACCCACCGCCAUGGCUGCUGUGUCCUGCAAAGGUGUAUCGACCACGCUUCCGGUGACCAGAAGGUCUGGCUCAUUGCUCGCAUCACAGAGCAUGCCGUCACUCUCGUCCAGGACCCCUUCGGCAACUAUGUGGUUCAGUACAUCAUUGACCUUAACGAGCCAACUUUUACCGAGCCCCUCGUCGGUAUGUUCCGCGGCCGCAUCAGCUUCUUGUCGCGCCAUAAGUUCUCGUCCAACGUCAUCGAAAAGUGCCUGCGCUGCUCGGCAGACGUUUCCAAGGACAUGAUUGCCGAGGAGAUCCUCGCACCUGGCGAGAUAGAGCGACUUGUCCGCGACAACUUUGCCAACUAUGUCAUCCAGACCGCCCUCGAGUACUCGACACCGAUGACCAAACACCGCCUUGUGGAGACCAUCCGUCCCAUUUUGCCCACCGUUCGAUCAACCCCGUAUGGCCGUCGCAUCCAGGCCAAGAUUCAGGCCUUUGACAACCGCAGCGGCCAGUCUAGCGGUCAGGUGACUCCUGCCGAUGCUACACAGGGCCAGAUCAGUAUCAACACGGCCAACCAUGCUCGUCAACAGCCAAGCAAUGUCUCGAUACUGUCGUCGGGAUAUUCCAGCGGUCUUGGAGGCCUCAAUGGUGCCGGCAAUAACAACAACAACCGUACUCAGCAGUCAAUGUUUCCGGCUUCAAACAUAUUGACUGUUCCCGCUCCUCAAUCGCAAAAGCCCCAGCAGUCGCAGCAGACUCCUCCCGUGCGCGCUGCCCCUCAGUUUGCGCCGCCUCACUACGGUCGUAUUCAUCAUGGUAUGAAUGGCAACUCCAACAGCAAUGGUGGUCAGCAGUACCAAAAUGUGUCCCCUACCAACGUCCAGCAGCCAAACGGCCAGGGUGCCGGUGCCGACAAUGGCGAACAGACCUGGGUCUAAGCCUUGCUUUGCUUUACAACGGCGUACUUUCAACUUUUGUUCAUCUGUUCACUUGUUUUUAAGCAAAUCUACGACGAGAUGACCCAAAGACAUGCGACAUGGAAUCGUGCUCAUCACUGGAGGACUUUCUUUUUCAGCACGUCUUUCUUAAGAGUCACGAGCAUAAGUGACGACCACACUUUUGGGGGCUUUUUUUUGGUAGAACAUGUCUUCUGCUUGACCUCGAUGUGGCCGCGCUUUGUUGUACACUAAGAAAAGCUCGACAUGGCUCAUGGUUUCCUUUACUUUUGACUAUUUGUUAUCCUUUCCUUUUUUUGACUUCAUCUUCAUAUUUCAUCUUGGCUUGCUCGGAACACUUGAGAUGGAUAAGGGUCGGCUUCUCUGACUCCAUUUUGGGCUCGGCGCCCCCUUUCGAGUCGAUUGCACUGCACAUAGUCUAUGCUGCAUGAACGACCAAACUAACGGAUGAUCGUUUUUUUGAUUUUCUUUUCACUUUGUCGUUUGGUUGUGCUUUUCUUCUUUCUUUGUCCCUGUGUUAGCUUUCAACUUUUCCCAUCGUUAAUCAUCAACGAUUCAUACCGGGGUGGUUCUCUAAUUUUCUGGGAUUGUACUGGGCGUCAAAUUUCAUAUUCUUUUUUUUCCCCAAGUCUGCUUUUUUGCAUCUCUGAUUUCGAUCUGUGACAGCAACAAGAGGGAGUUCUUUCGAGUUUCGGGGUGCGGUAUCACUUGGCGAGGUUCCCCAAGUGACUCGACUUUUGCCGGCGGGCUUCUUGUACGAGAGAGGGAGGGGAAACGAGUUAUUUGAAAAUUCGGAGGGAAGGAUAAGGUAUGGUGAGACGAUUUGCGGGAUUUGUUGCUGUAGCGUCGGGUAGAGGAGAUUUCCUCGAGAGGGUAAAAGGCAUGUCUUUUUUGCACUCUACGCCACGCGAGACGGAAUCGGGUGGAAGGUCAACUGUUCUUCUCUUUUUUUACGUAGAUAGUUACUUCUUUUUUUUACAUUUAUCAUCAUAAGCGGGAUGCAUUAUUGCUGGCUAAGCCUGCCAUCAAUGAAAA